GCGAAGUAUAUUCAAGAUUGUAUCAACGAUAUUACAACGUCAUGUGAUUAACGAGAGAAGGGGAAGUAACUCACUAUUGCACAAGAAAUCGAAAUGAUAUAACAAUAUAAAAGUUAGAAUCUUCAGAUCGUGUAAGGCAUUUCGUUUUAGUGUCGGAUAGAAUAUCUCUUAAUGUGAUCGGUAAAAGAAUGAACAGGGUCGUCAGCAAUUGUAUAAAGAGGGAUUACGAAUUUCAUCAACUAAAGCGUAACUAAAAAAAUGCAAAGCUGUGCCGAAGAAAUCACCAUAUGUAUGAACUGGCCGUUAAAAACUUUUUAUUUUAUCUUAUAAAUGUUAUUUGGUUUCGACCAAAUGUGCUGCCUUCACAUUUUUCCUAUUAAAGAGUAUGGUCACAAGUCCAUUUCUUUAAAUUCUUCAAAGGUUUUGUUACCUUCACGUAAUGACAAUAGUUUGCAUACUAAAUCAAGAAAACGACGAUCAGUUUUACUACCCAGGAUCAUGAAUGACCGUAACCACUACCCUCAGCAAGUGUCAGACGAUCAAGCCAGCUCUGACAGGAGCGAGUUCGCAUUCUCAAGUGGUGCGUCACUUCCGGCAAAUGAUAACUCUGCCUCAAGAUAUGUUUUUGGUGGACGUGAACAUACGUCGCAUCGCCUUAACGGAUACGGUGAAAACAGACUGAAUACAAAUGUCAGUCAAGCUCAACAAAGCAGACAGGGAAAUGAAGUUCAGUCUUCAACAAUAAGAAAUAACAUUUCAAACAACCCUGUCAUUACGAGGCCACCUAGGCACCCCGACUAUGUCGAUAGUAGCGAAAGGCUUCGAUCUUAUGCUAGGUGGAGGCAUAGAAAACCUGAUCCACAAACAUUGACCAAUGCUGGAUUCUUCUAUACAAAUGAUGCAGAUCUAGUAAGAUGUUAUCAAUGUGGAAUAGGGUUAAAGGACUUCUGCGAGGAAGAUAACCCGUUACACGAGCACGUGAAACAUUCCGGUGACUGCCCGUAUUUACUAGAAUAUCUGGGAGCAAGCCAGUUAGCUGCUAUAAGAAGACAGCUACAAUCCCAGGACCCAGAAUUCAACAGAAGAAUACAGUGGAGUGAGAGACACAGAUAUGAUCCAGCAAACGCUGUGUACCGUCACCCUGAAUACCAGACGUUUGAGGCACGCCUGGGGUCUUUCACUAAUUGGCCACCACAUAUGAUACAGACCCCUAAUCAAUUAGCAGAGGCUGGACUUUAUCACACAGGUCAUGAAGACCGUGUGCGUUGUUUCGCCUGUGAUGGCGGACUACAACACUGGGAUCCAGAAGAUGAUCCAUGGACCGAACACUGUAGAUGGUUCCCAGCUUGUCCGUUCGCCAGAACCCAGAAAGGUGAUGAUUUUAUCGCAGCCAUUCAGGCGGCCAUCGCCAUGGAAAAUCAGGAGAAUAUUACUGGAAAUGGUAUUUCGGCUGCUCUAGAACGCAUGGAAAUACGAGAUCCUGAAUUACAAGCUGCAAUAAAUGAACUUAAAGAUGCUUGUAAAGAAAUGGGAUACCCAACUGAAGAAAUCGAUGAAGCUAUCAAGGAAUUAAGGGAGAGAGGAACAAAUAAACCUACAGUUGAGGAGAUAAUUGAUGUGAUUGAAGUAAUUAAAAGAAGGAAAACACAAAAUGAAGUUUUACAGGCUGUAGCCAAUGAGACACCUGCUGAAGAAAAUCAGCGUCUAAAGAAGAUCAUACUUUGUAUGAAAUGUGGUCUUAACGAGACAAAUUGUCUCUUCCUUCCAUGUACUCACCAUCGUUUAUGCAUGGAGUGUGCAGCACCACUGUCGAAAUGUAUAGUAUGCGAUAAAAAUAUCCGUCAGAAGAUUCGAACCUUCAUGGCAUAAAAAGAUUACAAUUAAAAUGAUGAUGUCGGGAUCCUUAUGUUACAGGAUUGUCUACUAAUAGAUGUAAUUCAUUACUUUCCUAGCACACUGGUUUAUUAGCACAUUUUUCACGGAUAAUUGAUUCUUGGAAACAUUUUCUACUGUUCUAAAGUGAUUGUUUUAUCUUAUCAAAGAGGAAUUAUCUUCAUCUGUGUUUGUUUUAAUCUCUUCAAAAAUAAAAACUCUUCGAUGAAAAAAAUUUAAGAUACAUCUUUCCAUCUUCAAGACACAGCUUUGAAUAAUGAUGAGCUGUCUGGAAUUAUAUUGAUGAGGAGCAGACAUUUUCUAUCUCUGUAUGUGCGGUGUACUUGGUGUUACAAGUAGCUAUAUUUAGAAACAUUUUUUCAGAGCAAGCUGUCAAUUGCACUAUUAUGUUUGACUUUAUAGCAGUAUGCUCAUCUAGAUAUCAUUCAUGAAUUGCUUGAAAAGUUCAUUAUGUUCCUUAUGUCUUUUUUCAACCAAUCAAAGUCUUACUUUCGAUUUUUGAAAUUUCCCAUUGUAUUAGAAGGACUUUUAGUCUUUUACGUAUUUUAAAAUAUUGUAAUAAGAGAGGUGCUUAUCCCUUGAUGAAAAUAGUGCUUCAUGUAAAAUAAUUUGUCAUAAAGGUAGCAAAAUGUAAAUGAAGUGGUAUUUUAACUUUUAACUUUAAUAUUGUAGCAAAAAAACCGUCACACAGUGAUACUUCUAAAUUAAAUUCAUAAUUGUAGUUGAAUAUUUUGAUAAUGAAAAUGUAUGUUAUUGAAUUAGGACUGUAUGAGUAUACAUGUAUUAGGUAAAUGGAAAGUUGUCCUGUACACGUUAUUGUUGGUGUCCAGAUUUCAGAUUAAUGUUUUUAUUCAUUAUAAUUAUGGUAUUAUGUACAAGUACAUGUAAGUCUUUCUUGCUUAUUAAUGAAAGUAUUUACUUCAAAACUGAACUAGUAGUAUUUUAUUGUCACCUAAAUUCAUAUGAGAAGGUUCAUAACCAUUGUGCCUAUAUUUCAAGAGUUAUUUACCCUUUUUAACUUAAAAUUUAAUGUAAAUUUGUAUGAAGGGAAUUACUUUAUAUUUUUUUUUUCAUUAUAAACAUUGAAUUUCUGGCAUCCAUAUUUCAAGAAUUGCUUCCCCUUUUACUUUGAAUUUCAUGUAAAGUUUUGCAUGUUAUAUCUCUGAAAUUUUAUGCUUCAAACUUUAGUCAUUCUUUAUUAUCAUUCAACUAAAAUUUGACAAGUUUCUGUAUUUUUUGCCUCU